UCGCGCUGAUGGUCUGUCACAUUAUUUCUCACUGACACCGUCUGAGCGGAGGAGCACCACGCCAAAAGAUCAGCUCAAAAACACUUCAUAACGCACAGCUCCACUCAGCUCCGGUGUUUUUAAUCUGUGUUUUCUGGCGUGGAAUCGGAGAGGAGGAAGAGGGGGAAUCGUAUAAGCCGAAAGGAAAUGCCAAUCGCCACUACUGGUCAUUCAGCGUCUCGAGAGCCCCGCGUCUGUUCCCCGGACCCCGUUCCCAAGCGUGCUGAUUUAUGCGAGGACGCAGGGGCCCAGCCAGCGGAAUACGGGGGUUCGGAGGGGGGCCACAGCCUGGGCAGCACUAGACUUUCUGGAGCACUCGAGAGCUCCUCUGCGGCGUCUCAUUCCCCUCCCACUUCCCCUUUCCACCACCACCACCAUCAUCAUCAUCAUCAUCACUCCUAUCCAGUGACUAUGGAGCCACCCAGGACUCGAUCACGCUCGCGGUCUGGAUUUUACCACGGUGGAUUACCUAACUCGAACGGUAAUGCUGGGAGUGGCGGUGGUGCGUUAAGUCCAGCUGGAGGAAUAAGCCACCACCACCACCAACAGCAGCAGCAGCAGUUCGGAGCUGCUCAUGGACACAUGGAAAACCUGCGCCCACCCGGGAGCAUGCUUUCCCCAGGCGCCCACAGACACGCAGGGCCUGGAAUGCACAGAAACUCCGGAGCAGGUGCAAUGGGAGGAGUAUACCACUAUCAUUCAGAGCAUGCGUGUGCAGACGCCACUGACAAGACGGAGGAUUCUCCUAGUCCGAAGAGACAGCGUCUUUCCCAGCAGUCUGUCUUGGAGUUUACCUCGGCCCCUCCUUCCACACCCUCACCACCAAUCAGACCAUGGGAGCUUCCGCCCAGUCGCAGGCCACACCCCUAUCCCCACCCACACUACCACCCCGAGCGCUGCCACACACCUGCACGGCACAGACGCAGUCCUCCAGUGCGGCGUCAGCGUGGCCGACGAGAACGCCUGUCACGGCACCAUCCCCCUCAUGGUUCCCCGGGUGGGGGGCAGGAUGAAAACUACCGCCACCCUCCUCACCCACAUUCUCUUCAUCCCUACGGCCAGCCACCAUCCCACCCUCCACCCGGCCUUGAUGAGCCCCGGGCCUUUCACCCACCCACGCUCUCGCCGCGGUUAUUGCACCCGCCGCAGCAGGGCGCCAUGGUGAUGGACCUCCAUGAGCAGCUCCCUCAGGGUACGGUGCCGGUAUCAUAUACAGUUUCUCCAGUGCCGCCCCAUGGUCUACCCGCUCCCCUCUGCACAGGACAGCAUCUCCCAGCAUGCUCUUCUCAGCAGCAGGUCCCUGCCUGUUCUGUGGUCUUCAGCGGACAGCAACACUAUCCAAUCUGUAGCGUACCACCUCCAAUGUUGCCGGCAUGUUCGGUGCAGCAUUUGCCAGUGCCGUACGCAUUUCCUUCUCUUCUCUCCAGCGAUCCACCCUUCCUGCUUCAUCCUCCGCAUCUGUCACAUCAUCCGGGCCACCUCCCCACUCCUGGACAGUUCUUACCCUUCCAGACACAACAGUCUCGAUCUCCGCUGCAAAGGAUAGAGAAUGAGGUGGAGUUGUUGGGGGAUCAUCUGUCGGUAGGUGGAGGGUUUAACUAUCCUCACUCUGGCCAUCCUAGUCCUCUGCCCCCUUCCACCCCACUACAGUUCCUCUCCCAUGAACCCCUGCACCAGGAGCUCUUUGGUGUGCCGUAUCCCCACUUCAUGCCUCGGAGAAUCACAGGCAGACGCUACCGCUCUCAGCAGGCCGUACCUCCGCCUCCAUACCACCCAAGUCUGCUGCCCUACUUCCUGUGGUUCAGAUCUGUUCUUCCAGUCCAGCCAACAGCAGUGGGUCCCGCCAUUAGCUUAGAGCUGGAUGUAGAUGAUGGAGAGGUUGAGAAUUAUGAGGCUCUGUUAAACCUUGCCGAGCGUCUCGGAGAAGCGAAGCCUAGAGGUUUGACGAAAGCCGAUAUCGAACAGCUGCCUUCCUACAGAUUCAACCCCAGCAACCAUCAGUCUGAGCAGACUUUGUGUGUAGUGUGCAUGUGCGAUUUCGAGUCUCGUCAGCUGUUGAGAGUACUGCCCUGUAAUCACGAAUUCCAUGCCAAGUGUGUCGAUAAAUGGCUCAAGGCUAACAGAACCUGUCCUAUUUGUCGAGCUGAUGCCUCUGAAGUCCAGCGGGAUUCCGAGUGACCCUGCUCACCGAACACACACACACACACAUACAUGCACACCACUAAACACUUCUGUCAUUCUCCUACCCUGUUACAUUCAAUUAACUUCCAAAUGCUAAAUUACUCCUCACACACAGAUGACUGCUGCAAACGAUUUUUGAGAACUUUGAAUCAAAAACAUUGUUUGAUAUUCAUCUAUGAAUAUCCAACUAACUGAGACACACACGCACACACACAAACACACAUGUCCCGAUGGUUGUUUGAUCACUAAUUCUUUUGAGUGGAAGUCCAAAGAUUAUGGUUCAUAUUAUCAUUCUGGUUAUGUUUUGGUUCUGAUAUUGUUUUUUUGGUUUUUUAAUAUAUAAAUAUAUAUAGUUUAGUUCUCCCCUUUGGGGGUGGGUGUUGGUAUGUUGCAGUCUUGUGUGAAUGAGUGUGUGUAUGUGCACUAACAUUCCCGGCUAUGUGAGCACACCGUGGUGUGGUGGUCUUUACGAAGGUUAAUGUUGUGAUCAUGGGCUUUUAUAUUUUACCAACAAAUAUAGCUAUAUAUAAAUAUGUAUGUAUCAAUAUAGAGGGACAAAUUACAAAAUUCAUAAUUUUUUUUAAUAGGAAAAAAAAUUGUCUUCAAAAAAUGGAACAAAAGAUUGCAUAAGAUUCAAAUUAUAUCUAUACAUAAAAGAGGGGCUUUUGGGUGGGUCUUGCUCAAUUAUGAUUUAGCAGUUUUUAUAGAAUUGGAAAAAUGUGAGGUGUGUGUGCUUUUGUGUGAAAGAGUGUGUGUAUUAGAGAAUCAGUUGUUUGUUAUUUAUCCCAUAUGUGUGGUACAGAACACUGGCUUGUCACUCUCACUUUUAUUCUCGUCUGGGAUUGGCUGAGGAUGUGCACUGACAUGACGUUAUUGGUUUGGGGGGGCAGUGGAAUAUUCUCAAAGUUCUUAGAUGUAUCCUGCUGCAAUUUAUUUUCUUCAGGUUUUUUUUUUUUUUUUUUUUUGCCACCGGUCACAUUUUUCUAUAGUAUUGCAAUUUUCAAAACAUAACCAUUUAAAUAUGUAUUCCUAAUCCAUAUCCAGUCCUGCAGAUUGAUUGUGUAGACAAAUUACCACUUUUCUCAUUAAGCACUUAAGGCACCAUAGUGUAAUUUAUUAUUGUUUGAUGGCUGCGUAGACCCAGAUUAAAUCCUGGUAUUUGCCUUAA